GGGGAGAGCAGUAGUAGUACAGCCCCUCAGAGUCUGAAAAGCAUCACAGGAGCCUCUGGAUAAAGAUACUCAUCCUCAGCAAGAAGACUAUAGUAGAGAGGAUUACUGCUGAAUGGUGAAACAUGAAACAAAUGUGAUGAAGCAGCAUGGAGCUAAGGAGAGGAAAGACCUUCAUAAAAUCGAGUUUGCAGCCGACUUCUGAGAAAGCGCCAUUGGUGGACGUGAUUCCUACAGACAAGGAUGAUCUAGGAAAAGACAAAAGGGUAGCAGUCGAGGGGAUCAAAAGUGAUGUGGUCCUACCGGCAAGAUUGGCCACACACAAAAAUGACCGAUUUUCUAAUACAACAACAAGGAGCGGGGCAAGUGAAAACAUCUUAGCACCAUCUGGGUCUUCCUACAAACUGGUAAGAAAAAGUAAAACCCAUGACUGUGUGAUAGGGGUAGACAAAACAGAACGAUGCAGCCACAGUGAUAAAGCUUACAAGGAGGGCUUUUCAGCUCCAGAAAGAAGUAAAGGGCGACUCGUCAACAGCAGCAGCUUUUCCGGGGUGGGGAGCACCCUGAAUUCUAGUGGUAAGAAAGAGUCCAUGUUCAGCCCAAGCCAGUCCACUUGCAGCAGUCAGCAGAUGAUAGAUUACAGAAACUUUGUGCCACAGAUGCCUUUUGUACCAGCUGUAGCAAAAAGCAUUCCCAGGAAGAGGAUUUCCCUUAAGAGAUCUACAAAAGGGCUCCGGGAUAUAUUUCACAUGAAAAAAAACAAACCAGAGAGCCUAACACUGCUAGUUGAGAAGGGCAAGAGGCUGCCUUCUCCAGCAUGGAAGAGUGAGCUGUCAGGCAGGCUUGGGAAGUAUCUUUUCAAACCCAGAGAAACCUUUGCAGCUGACUGUUUGGCACAAGACCUCUCUGACAGCGAAAUGCAGUCUGAUUCCUCCUAUGACUACUGCAAUGCUCUGUGUGAAGAUGUCGCUUCUCUGAAGAGCUUUGACUCUCUCACUGGAUGUGGGGAAAUCUUUGCAGAUGAGAGCUCUGCUCAUUUGGAGCUGGAGAGCAGCAAAGAAGUGCUGGUGAGGCGAUCCAAGCACAAAGAGAGCCCUGCCCUGGGGUCUUUUCAAGGGGGGGUGGAACAGCUGGCAUCCCCUGCCCAAAAUGAAGCAGCUGACUUUGUGAAAUUUUGGGACAACAUCAACAAGUCGGUGCGAUUACAUCAGAGCACGUUAUUUGAUAGGAAGUUGUUGAAGAUACCCAGUCCUGAUUUGGAAAAGACUAAACAUGAAGCUGCUGCUUCAGUGACUGACCUGCUGGUGUCACCUGAUAAAGAUCCUCACAGUUCCAAAGAAAGCUCCAUAGAUACAGGGACACCAAAAAGUGACCACCAAGAAUCCACCUCCACCAGUGAUGAAGGAUACUAUGAUUCAUUCUCUCCCGGGCAGGAUGAUGAAAUGAAGGAGGCUCAGACUCCUGGGGUUCCAGGUAGAUUUCCAAGAGACAGUUACAGUGGCGAUGCACUUUAUGAACUAUUCUAUGAUCCUAAUGAAGCCAAAAUAAGCCCAGUCCUAGACGAUGAGCUGUGUAUGUCAGAAAGCAUUUCAGAACAGGCCAUUGAAAUCCCUUUGUCAAUUUACAGCUUUCAUGUGGGAGCAGAGGAGAAUAUGGCUUCACAGCCAGCUGUUGACAUCAUUAGCCAAGGGUUUCUUCACAGCACAUGGAAAGGUAAGGAAUGCUUGUUAAAGCUCUGUGAUACUGAACUUUCACUGACCAUGGGGAUAAUAAACUGGCUGCGAAAAAACCCAGGGUUGGUUUCCCCCACAGACCCGAUUAGGAGUCCCGAAUCACAGCUGGAAAAAAGUGGUGAUCCAUUGGUCUCCUGUAGUCCCAGUCCAUGCCGGAGUGAGCACAUAGCAGCUGAGGAGGAAAAACAAACCAAAGGAGAAACUGAUAUUUCUAAUCCAAAUUCUUCUUUGGCUGAUAACAAUGACAUGUCCCAGACGUGUUUAGGGGGCGUGGCUGAAAAAGACCAAAAGGAAGUUUCUUGGCCUCAUACAGCUAAUGGGCAUUCUCAGGUAACGGAGGAAAACUGCCCUGAGGACUCGUGUACUGAAUCUGGGCUUCAGGAAGCCAACAGCACUUCAGGUAAUGUGCCAAGAUCACAAGCUAUUGGAGACACUGUAGGGACCAGUUUGUCUGAAAAAGAGAAGAUGCCAGUUUCAGGAGAAUGCAAGGAACCUGGAGAUAAAGCCCCAUUAAUGGGUGACCUGAGCAUGGAGCCUGCUUGCCAGAGCUCUCAAAAUCCUUCGCUAAAUGAUAGCCAGGAAGUGGAAUCCUGUUAUUCUUAUAUGACUGCAGCAACUUCCCCAGUAGAUUCCCUAGAGACAGCAGUUGGCAAUAAAACAAUAUAUCAUUCUUUGUCUAUUUCCUGCGACAAGCCAAUGCAGCCUCUUACUCUGAGACACUUUCAAAACUACAUCAGCCCCACACAAAGGGAAAGUGACACUACUAUAGUGCAGCUUCUGGAACGUUGUGUCACUCAAGUUGCAUCCUUAAAAAUCAGCUAUGAAAACAAACAUCUGGAAGACAAAUGCAUCGGGAAUGAAAUGAACAACAUAAUUUGUAAGAUGUCUCAAUACAAAAACAAAAUAUUGUUGCAAAAUGAAUGCAACUGUAUCACCCAGAGUUUAGAAUACCCUGGUCUCCCUCUCACAAACCAAGAUAAUUAUGAGACAAGCCUCAAAGCCAGUAAUCCAUAUCAGUUGAAACAAAAUAAGGAACUAAUUUGUUCUAAAGAUCAGAAACACAGAACAAAUAUCCUAGAUCAUAUGAGUCAGGUCACCGGGAAUAAGAUAAAUUUUGAAUAUGCCCAGCUAAAUAAUCAAGCCCUCUCUUACAUAAAAGACUUUAGACUUGAACCCAGUCCAAGUGACUCUAACAGCAUGACACCCCUUACUAGGCCAACAUUUUUACCUCUCUUCAACUCCGUUUGCUCGGCUGUACCCAGUGAUUUUUCCCAAACCUGCACAAACAGGUCACUGGACAAACCAUUGCAAAGUAAUGAAUCUAAGCAGUGCAGCACAACCUCAUGCAGUUACACAGAGGGAUACUACCAAGGUCUAUCUGAAGGGGCCACUCUUCCUAGUAACCCAGAGGUGAGAACACAGACAGAGCAGGGACUGGCAAGAACCAUCAAUGACACACCACUGUAACAAGGUGCAACACUGAAGAAACCAGUUGUAAAUAAUGAUGGCUUCCCACCUGUGUGUUUAAAUGAAGCAAGUCACAAUGAGGCCAAGCUGGUGUCAUAAGCAACAAGGAUUUCUCACCAAGGGACCCAGUGGAGACUGUACAGGGGAAAAAUCAUCCUACUCUGUCAUCUUAACAACAAAUAUUGUUGGAGCUUAUGACACACACUCUUGAAUCCAGGUUUGCAAAUGGGCAAUAAACAUGCUCCAUUUUUCAAUUACAAUGAGUUUAUGGUGAAAGUUGUUCCAUAACAUGAAUGUGUAAUGAAAUGAAUAUAUUUUCUGUCAUAUUGCACCAUAUGAUGAAGUCUUUCAGGCGACAAAAAAUGCCAGUAUGUUUUUUUUUUAAAAUGCAAAUAUGUGCCGAAUAAGCAUUAACUUGGUUUAGAUAAUUUAGAGGAUUUUCAUUCUUUUGGAUAAUGUAAAUAUUGUGAAUUUCUACUGAACUUCACAGAAGUGCUUAAUAGAUUUUAUUGUAAUAGUUUAAUCAUCUUAAACUUGAUCAUGCAGAUUACAUUUGUACGCUGAGAUUUACCUGGUUUAAAACAUUUUGUAAAUAUGGAGAUAAAAAUAACAGGAAGUAUAAAAUGGUCUGCCCUAUAUUCUCCAAAGAAGUUUGUUUACUAUGUACCCUAGUUAUAGAGGGUUGUGUCUAAGAAUGACUAUUAAAAAGUUAUUACUUCUGUUUUAAGGUAAGAAAAACACCCUGUUUAAGUAUAAGACAGUGGUUUUAUUUAAUCCCAGAAAGUCUUAUUUUUCUAAUUUAGAACCCAGUUAGAUAUACCACUAAUCUCACUUUCAUUUUCUAUGAAGAAGCCUCUCAAGGUGGUUUAUCUCAAGAGCCAUUAUUUUCAAGAUAGUUCUAAUUUAUGCUUAAUUGCAAGAGGUCACAUACUGGAAGGGCACAGGAUUAUACUGGAUUGAAACUGGAUACAUAAAAAUUCUAUGGCCUGUAUAUUGGACUGUGAUCUAAUGGUCCCUUCUCGCCUUACAAUCUAUGAAAAGAACAUUAGAUCGUCUAGUCGAGUAUCCUGACUCAAAUAGGGUUUGACAUCUGAUGCUUUGUGGAAGGAAAAAAAAAAAAAUCCAUAAUGCAUGCAGACAAUUAUAUGGGGUGGAGAAUGAGGUGAGGGAAGAGGAUUCUUUCCUGACUUCCACAAGCAGUAAUUUUACACCUUGAAGCAUGAGAUGUGGUUACCCUUUGCUUGCACAUUUACAGCGGUUAGUCAAGUACUGUAGAUAGCUUUUAAAAGAGUGGACAACGUAGUGACUAUUAUCUAAAUUUUGCUGAAUCUGAAUUGGUACAAAAACAACAAUGCACUGAGAUGAGGGAUCUGUGAAAUGAAAUUCAGUGUUCCAGAGAUAGCAUAUAGUUUAAAAAAUGUCUCUCAUGGAUCGUUAUGAAAUAAAACCCUAGGAUCACCCAGGUUUCCAGUACAGGUCAUCUUCAGGAUGAAAGCAUUUGCCACAAAGAACCUGUCCUCUACAGUAUAGAGGACCAUUCGUGACCCUCCUUUGUUGCUGAGAUAUAGGUAAGGGUGGACUGCUAAGAAUUUACCAUUUAGAAUGUAAAAAGUCUAAAAUCACAAACAAUUCAUCACAUAGGCAUCCCUUCAGCAAUGCUAAGGUGACACACUAUUUGUGGGCUAACCAAAUAAUAAUAAACAUAUGACUCAACAGAAGAGGUUGUAUAAGAACCUGUUUUUCUUCACAAAACUGAUCUCUUUUAUUUUAGAAUUAUUCAACUGGCCUCUUAUCUUCACAGUUUAUUUCCAAACUGUCCUGCAAUAAUGAUGGCCAAUGAGAGAAUUUCUCCACAAAGUGACACAUGCUGGACCCUCCCCUUUUCCCAUGGAUCUAGGCUUAGGUAACAAGGGGUGGGGGGGAAGCAGAAGAGAGGAACAAAGCAAGGCAAUAGAAGUAGAAAAGAGCCAAUACUGUAACUAGAAUUAAUAGAAAUACAGACUACUACCAGCUUGCUCUUAUGCAGCACAUUCAUCCAUACCUGUCCUAGUGCUUUACAAAGGAGGUUAGUAUCAUUAUCCCCAUUUUACAGCUGGGUAAAAUGAGGCACAGGGAGGUGACGUGACUAGACCAGUUCUCAUGGUGCCCAGGAUUGCAAGUCUCCUCGUUACCCCCAACUCCAAAGUGAGGGAAACUUGUUUGUGCUUAGCUGGGUGUUGGCUCCUGAACACCACCAGUCUGUUAACCACCCAGGCACUUGCCUCUGGGCUAUGUCAACCCUUACUUUGCCUUGCAAGUUAACAAUAGGUGCACCCCAAUCCCCAAGUCCUCUUUGAAGCAUUCCCAUGAGAUAUCCAGCCCCUGAAUAGCCCCUGGCUACUCACAGACAUUCCAGAUCCAUUGUUCCCAAAGGAACAGAACACACAAGCUUGUGAGAUUCAGCUCACGUUCAAUACUUAGCUUAAUACCAGAUAUAUAUUUAUUUUGAAAAGAUUAUUAAGUUUAUUAUCAAAGAUUCAAGUAACAGUGAAACAAAUAGUUACAUAUAAAAAAAACCAAACACACACAGCUUUCUAGAGACUAAGCUUAACUAACAGGUUAACCUCCUGUUUAAAAAAGAUCUCACCCAAAAUCUUUUGCAGUAUUUUCAACCAAGGCUGGCUGAGAGCCCAUUUUUAUGAAUGAAAGCAUGCUGUCCAUUUACUUCCUAGGUGCAGGAUACCUGGGUGUCUUCUCUGCCUCUCAGCAAUACCCUCAAAGUUCACUGUCUUUACUCUUAGUCAGAAUAACCCCCACAUGGCUUGUUUUUUCCUGCGUGCACCUUCCUUGUUGAUUUCACAUCUCUUUGUUAACAUUUGACUUCAUAUAGAAAGAGGCAUCCAUUGCAUUAGCUUAGAAUGCAUAAUUUACAUCCUGACAGAGAUACACAUUUCUUACCUCCUGUCUAGAGCAAAGCCUCCUGUCUACAGCAAAACCGCUUUUUCCACCUUUGCUGGUGACUAAUACCUUGAUACAGACUUUAAAAAAAACCCCAUAUUUUCAGUAUAUAUACACACACACAACUCCUGACAGAGUAUCUGUACAUAUAUUUCACAACAAUAUUAAUGACCACUGUGACACUGACUUUCAUUUGAGCCCACACAUGGCAUUCUAUGGUGAACUAGAAAGCAGACACCUGCCCCAUGAGGUGCCUGUAACCCAUCUGCUUCUCCUUGCUGGUUGGCAUUUAGUGGUUCUUGGGUCACACUCAAGCGGUACUUGUUUCUUUAACUGGUAUCUGCUCUUCUCUUACUUUGGUUUUCUCCCUCCCCUAUCCCACCCACUGGCUCUGCGUGGGCCUCCUUGUCCCCCCUAGCUGCCUGGACUAAAAGUAUCUGGUAGGUUUUUUCCCUGCCACCACACCUGUACUUUGCCCAAAUGGUCUCCCUCACAGCAAAGAUUCCCCUCACCUUCCCCACCCCCCAUGGCUAGACCACAGAGAUUUAUGAGUCUACUACAACCUUUUAGCUUGGGCAGUAUAGGGGUACACUUUUAGACCCAGAGAGCCUGGGUUUGAUUCCUGCUGUCAGCAGGCCAACCAGGGGUGCUGCAUGACACAUGAGGGUGAAAAUGCAAACCACCCGUCUAUGCUAAUUGUCUCAGAGUUGCUAGCCUCAAUGGUUGCACAAAUGCUGAGAGAUAUGCAGAAAUUUUCAGCAAGGACAAGUAUGUAAUGGUGACACCUCAUGGCUCAUCUGGGGAAUUAGCUCACUACUGUCCAUGCCCCAUCCUACAGUUAGUCAGCCCUCCUGUUGCCUGUGUCACUAACUCUGCCUCUUCUGUGGCUCAUCCUUCCAGCUAAGUCACAAUCAUCUUCCCCUUCUGGGGUCUCUCUUCAGGCAGUCUCCAAACCCACUGCAACACUCCCACAGUGGAUUGUAAGGGAAGCCAGGGCCCACCUGUUUCUGCACAGGUGAUCAUCAUCCGUAAUUAAGCCUCAUCACAUCCUAGGUCUCCUUCAGGUGCAGCCUAUGGCUAAUUGUCCUCUCUUGCCAUUAACCCUGCCAGGACUCUCAUGGGGUGAAUGCCCCAUCAAAAAUAAUUAAAUCCAUUUUUUUUUCUUUGAACAUUAAAAAAAUAUUCAACCUUCUCAUGGCUCACCUUGAAUCAGGUGGCAAACAAAUAUAGCUGCCACCCGCUGGUUCAGCAGCAACUAUCUAGGAUAACCUGGUUACAUUGUAUAUGCUUCAUUUUCCUUGCAUGUGAAGCUUCAGAUGUGCUGACAAAUUGAACCCAUAUAAUGUGAAUGUUCAUUUUUAAUUGCAGUAUGCUUUGAAGGAACAGGUUCCCACUUAGGUCUUUCAGUCUGUAAUACAUUAGUAUUCCUGUUUGGUCUACACAUUUUGAUGGUCUACUAAAUUUUAAAUGACUCAAACCUAAGAUGAAGGAAGGUAGCCUAAUAAUCUAAACCCUAUACAUUCUUUUGUGGCUCAUUGAAACCAACUAUUGUAUAUUGUUCCUUGUCUUAUAUUCUUUGCACACCCAAAGUGUGCAAGGAGUGGAGUACUGGGUCCAUGGUGAGCACAGGCCUAUAAGACAUGAAUAAUUCCUUAAGAUUUAAAGGCAAGCUGAAAAGAUUAAAAUAAUAAUACCUAGCUCUAAAAUAAUGCUUUCAUCAAUAGAUUUCAAAGUGCUUCACAAUCUUUAUCCUCUGUGAGAUAAGUAGUUAUGCCCACAUUACAGGUGGGGAAUAGAGAGACUAAGUGACUUACCUCUCAAUCUUACACAGAACAUCUCUGGCAGAGCAGGAAAUCAAACCCCAGGUUUCUCACGUCCUGAUCUAGUGGCCUAACCACUGCACCAUCCUUUCUAAAAGUAAUGGGGUUCUACUUAUACUCCUUUUUUGGUUCAUUACAAUGUAGCCAGAAGCCAUGAAAGGAAUUUUGUGUUUUGUUUUUUAAUUUUUUUCUCCUAGAAAUAGCAAGCCUUCUCAUUCCUCCUUUUGUUGCAGAAUUCACUGUGAGCUCUGAGCACUCAGCUGUUGAAACUUUAACAGAGAUCUUUUCUCCCAAGGUCAUAGGGCAUCUGAGUUAAAUAGUAUUUAAACACUGUAGCCAGAAUAAAAAAUCACCCCUCCCAUCAAAAUGGUCAGGUUUCAUUGCCUUAAAAUUACUGACACUACUAACUUUCCAGACAAUUCCAAGAAAAACAGGGCACACAAGAUGCAAAUGUCUAAUGUGAGGCAUGCUGAAAAAAAGGUUGUUUUUAAAAGGCCCACACCUUCCAGGGCUUCUUGAUGCAUCAUAAAUAAGCCAGAAAGGGACACUAGGGCACCACUACUUCUUUCCUCUAAAGAUCAUCUUUAAGGAAUAGGAGUCUUCAGAUUAAAUUGUCAGUGGAGUUUUGAGGCUUGGCAAAAAACUGGAACGCUGUGCCAAAUUCAACUCACUUGUGUGAAUGGGCACAACCCAAUUGGUUUCAACUGCUCAUACCAAUGAUGAAAAUUUAAGGUGUUAAAAAUAAGAUAAAAAAUAAAGUAAAUAAAAUGUAGAUUAUGUUUUAAGGGCCCACCCUUAGAACUUUAUAUAUCAAGUAAAAACAUUUUAAAUCUGAAAGUGACAUCAAAAUAUUUUGUGUUCUAACAGGAUAUUAUAUUCACAACAUAGUAGACCAUGAGUGCUGUCCUGGACUGGAGAGGGCUUCUGUUACGCAGAAGUGGUAGGGAGCAGGGGCUCUUGGGAGGGCAAAUCCCUACUUUAAUAAAAUGAAUGGUCCUGCUACACCAAGCAAGACCCAGCAACCUGAACACAGAUUUACCAUACUUAAUUCUUGUUCAAGCCAAACAAUGUAAAAUGUGAAAAAAACUACAUGAUGUUAGCAGUGUUGUCGUGGCCAUGUUGGUCCCAGUGUGUUAGAAAGGUGGGUAAGGUAAAGAGAUGAACUUUCAAGGUACACAGAGCUUCUGGUCUGAAGGAAAGCUUGUCUCUCACCAACAGAAGUUGGUCCAAUAAAAGAACAUAAGACAUAAGAAUGGCCAUACUGGGUCAGACCUAAGGUCCAUCUAGCCCAGUAUCCUGUCUUCUGACAGUGGCCAA